AACGGAGGAGUUUACACUGAUCUGUUUUCACAUUACAUGGUUAGAAAACAUUAUAAGGAAGAUACUGGCAAAUCAGAAUGGUCGGUUCUGGUCGGAGAAAGGAGGAUGAGCUGGCGGCUAUCGAGGAGAGUCAGCUGGAAUCAGACAGGGGGCAGUGGUCUAACCGGGCGGAGUUUCUCCUUUCGUGUAUUGGACUGUCCGUGGGACUGGGCAACGUGUGGAGGUUCCCAGUUCUGGCUUAUGAAAAUGGCGGAGCCGCCUUCCUGAUCCCUUACAUUGUUCUACAGUUAUUGGUCGGCAAACCCAUGUACUUCAUGGAAUUGUCCAUGGGACAGUUCUCCAACCUCGGCCCCACGGGCGUCUGGCGGAUGAACCCCAUGGCGAAAGGUGUUGGUGUUUCCAUGGCAUUGAUUUCCUUGAUAGUUGCCAUCUACUAUAAUGUAAUAAUGGCCUACACACUGUAUUACUUUUUCGCUAGCAUGCAGACGAAUCUUCCAUGGACAACAUGCUCUGAUAAUUGGCUGUCUCGGAACUGCGUGGUCCGAUCGGGUGAGAUGACUUCCGGUCUGAUGCCUUGCAUGGAUGACGACCCUUUUGUCAACUAUCACAUGUGUGUCUGCGACGAAAAGAACGCCACGCUGAAUUACAAUCUCACACAGCAUUGUUUCUUUGGAUAUGAAACUGUAAUUGAUCUUGUACCGUUUAAUAAGUCCAAACACAACCUAACAGAUGUUGUUAUGGUCAAUAACAGUCAGUUCAUCCAGCAGGAUCGAGAGGUGGUGAACACAAACUGCUCACAGUGGUGUGUGAAGAGAUCGUCUACAAGAACAGCAGCUGAUAUCUACUUCUAUGAUGAAGUGAUCAAACUGUCAGACGGCAUACACAACCUAGGAACCCCCAUCUGGUAUUUGACACUCUGUCUUAUUCUCUCUUGGCUCGUCGUAGUUCUUUGUCUCAUCAAAGGUAUCAAAUCAUCAGGCAAGGUGGUAUAUUUCACUGCGACCUUCCCUUAUAUCAUUUUGCUGAUCCUGCUGAUACGCGGAGCCACCCUGGAUGGAUCGCGGGAAGGUGUUCUCUACUUCCUUGUGCCAGAGUGGAACAAGCUGUUGGAUCUGGAGGUCUGGAGAAAUGCAGCCUCUCAGAUGUUUUUCUCGCUCGGUGUCUCUUUUGGUGGCAUCAUCAUGUUCGGAAGUUACAACAAGUUCAGAAACAAUGUUUAUAUCGACUCUCUGAUCAUCAGCGUCAUGGAUAUUCUCACUAGUUUCAUCGCUGGCUUCGUCAUAUUUACAACUCUCGGUGCCAUGUCCAAAGAACUGGACAUCCCCAUCACAGAGGUCGCCAAGAAAGGUUACGGGCUUGCUUUCGUCGCCUACCCAGAAGCCCUUUCUCGACUUCCAGUCCCACAUUUAUGGUCGCUGCUCUUCUUCUUCAUGUUGUUUACUCUUGGACUUGACAGUGAGUUUGGCCUCCUAGAGACAGUGCUGACUUGCCUACAGGACGAGUUUCCCAAACUAAGGCGCUUUAAAUGGAUACUGUGUAUCGGUGUGGGUGCUGGGUGCUUCCUGUUGGCCUUACCAUGUGUCACCAAUGGCGGAGACUACGUUGUGACGUUGAUGGAUUCGUACGGGGCUAGUUUCGCGCUCCUCUUUGUCUCCAGCGCAGAGAUCAUAGCCGUCAUGUGGGUGUACGGAGUGGCACGAUUCUUUGAGGAUAUAAAGCUAACGAUAGGUUAUUCGCCUCACUGCUGGCCAUACUGGAUCUUCUGUUGGUUUUUGGCAGCUCCGAUUCUUAUUGUCCUCCUGUUGCUGUACACUGUGAUAAAAUACACUCCACCGACCUACGGGAGUGGAGAGGCGUUCUCCGUGCUGUCUCAGGUGCUGGGCUGGAUCCUGGCCGCCUUAGUUAUGCUGCCCGUCCCUGCCUGGGCUCUGAUUGUGCUAGCCAGGAACAGAUGGAACGUUUGUGAGGCUGUCCAACCAGACGUCACAUGGGGCCCCGCGUGCGGCUCUGGGAACGUAGAUGGAACACGACUAAGGGAGAUAAAUGAGUCUGGCAGAGAAAACCCAGGCUUUGAUAAAUUCUGAGUGGCAUCAAGCAGCAUUUAUCAACUCUUUUGCGAACAAAUAAUGACAAAUGUUAUGUAUUUUACUAAUAAAUUAACAAAGAUAUGCUCUAAAUAUUUUAACAUUUAUAUUAAUUUACAUAGAAUAUUUUUGACAGCCUGAGGAAUGAUGGCCUGGGGUUUUGGAACUGAAUGUUCUUAAUGAAAACAAAAUAUCGAAAUAUAUUUACAAUUGUUCUUAAUGUUAACAUGAUAUAUUUAGCCAGCAUAAUAUAUGUACACGUGUAUAUCUGAGAUUGCUUUUUUAUUUUAUGAAAAUGACGAUGUACAGUAUUCAGCUGAAAAAAGUCCUAUUUUUAGACGAUAUGUAACGACGUAAAUCACACUUUUGUAGAAUUGCAACUGUUCUCCAC